AUGGUAGCAGAAACCAAACUCUACGACGCCCUCUCCGUCUCCCCGUCGGCGUCGCAAGACGAUAUCAAGAAAGCCUACCGGAAAGCAGCCCUGAAAUGGCAUCCGGACAAAAACAAAGACAGUCCAAACGCUGCCGAGAAGUUUAAAGAAGUCUCACAAGCAUACGAGAUUCUGUCAGAUCCCGAGAAGAGAAAGGUGUACGAUCAAUAUGGCCUGGAGUUCCUGCUAAGAGGGGGUCAGGCUCCACCACCAGGUGCCGAAAUGCCUGAUGGCAUGCCUGGUGGUGGCUUUGGUGGUAUGCCAGGCGGUUUCAGCUUUGGAGGAAUGCCUGGUGGUGGUACUCGGACGUUCCACUACUCUACAGGCGGCGGCGGGGGAGGAGGUUUCAACUUCUCGGAUCCCAAUGAUAUUUUUGCUCAGUUCGCCCGCAGUUCUGGUGGUGCAGGGGGUGACGACGAUCCUAUUUUCAAUCUAUUUGGUGGUGGCUUUGGGUCAGGUGGGAGAAGCGGUGGAAGCCGACGGACUACAGGCAAUUUCUCGGCCAAGCCGCAAAGGCCACAGACCCCAGAAGUCACCGUCAUCGAACGACCACUACCGGUCACGCUGGAAGAAUUGUCCACCGGCGCACACAAGAAGCUCAAGAUCAAGAGGAAGACAUUCAACGCCCAAGGCCAGCGCAUCAGUGAGGAUAAACUCCUAGAAAUGGACAUCAAACCGGGCCUGAAGGCUGGUUCAAAGAUAAAGUUUGCCGGAGUGGGAGAUCAAGAAGAGGGCGGGACUCAGGACAUGCACUUCAUCGUCACAGAGAAGCCGCACCCAACUCUUACCCGCGAUGGCGACAACCUGGUAACGACGAUCGAGUUGGACCUGAAAGAGGCCCUAACCGGUUGGAAGCGGACUGUAACAACCAUUGAUGGCAAGCAACUGAACGUGUCAGGCGCCGGACCGACUCAACCGGGCCAUGAAGAACGUUUCCCAAAUCUAGGCAUGCCGAUUAGCAAGAAGCCUGGCGAACGAGGCGACUUUAUUGUCAGAGUCAAAGUCAACUUCCCUCGGUCACUUACUGCUGCGCAGAAGGCAAAAAUCAAGGAGGCAUUGCCAUAA